UCUGGAAGACGUCUAUCUGAUGUCUGAUUGAUCAUAUGUAAUACAUCUGCUGUCAGAUGUCAAAACGUCUGUUAGAUGUUAAUUUAGAAUGUGUGUAAAACCGCUCUUUCUAAGAUGUUUAGCAGACGUCCCUUUGUUUUUAAAGCCUCUUUUACAAUUCUUGAUAAGCGCAGUGACUGUAGACGUCAUGACUCAUUCUGAGAGAACUUGAUGAGAAAUGUUUGAGAUCUCAGACUUGAAGCGUGUGCUCUGUUUGAGACGUUAAGAUCUCUUGAAACUGACAACACAGGUGAGAUUUUUGUGGUCUGUGUUUUUGUGUAAAUGUGGAUCAUGAAUUCACUCUCACAGAAGAUGAAAUAUAUGAGCUCCAUAAAAGUUGUUUGUGAUUUGAAGUUCAUCUUGGUUAUUUUUGUGUAUUGUUCUAUCCAGUCAUGUGUGAUGAAGUUCUGCUGUAUGUAGAGAAACAGACGUGUGUGUUUUUGCAUGCGGUUGCACAGUUUCAAGAUCCAACACACCAACUUUCAAAACUAUCAAUAGCACUGGGUUUUAAAACCAAAUGACUUUGAUCACUAUCAGUUUGUGUUCCCUGAAUAUCAAACCUGUGACCUUUCUAAUGAUAUACAGGCAGAACUGAAUAUGUUCAGUGUUUUAUUAAUACCAUACCUCACGUAAGUCAUCAUUUUAUAAUAAGUCAUCGUUUAUUCAUGUGGUUGUAAAUCUGUAUUUGAGUCUUUCUUCUGUGAAACACAACAGAAGAUAUUUUGAGAAAUGUCUUAAAACACAAAUGGGGGUUUUGUUCAUACUACGAAAAUCAGUGGAGUUCAGUGUUGUUUGAUUGUGGACAUUCUUCAAAAGAUCUUCUUUACUGAUGAAGAAAGUUGCACACAGGUUUGACAUGAGGAUGAAGAAGUGAUGAAAGACAGCAUGUUUAGAUGUUGUGCUUGUUUUCACAACUUUUGAUUUUCAAGACAUUUCAUGUAAAACUCUCUCUCUCUCUCUCUCUCUCUCCUGACUCUGUCUCUAUGUGUUUCUCCAGAGACUGAGUGAUUCAUUCUUUCCUAUAUCACAAAUGAAGAAGUGAAACAUGUGUGCCUCUCACCUCCCCUCGUCUCUCUCUCUCUCUCUCUGUGUCAGUCUUUAUUUAAGCGUUGCGGCAGGUAGUGUGUGUUGUGAUGGAGAGAAGAACAUGUGCUCCUGGUUCUGACUGGGAUUCUUUAAUCAAACACUGUAGACCCAGUGAACCUGUCCGGCUGAGACCAUCAAAGCCCGUCACUGAUGUUCCUGUGGCCGUUGUGAAGCACGUGUUGAGCAGCGGAGGUCCGGUCGAGCCGCGGCCUGCCUUCAGUCCCAGCGUUUGGAUCUGUGUCGGUCUGGUGAUGAGCGCCUCACUUCUGGUGCUGCUCUUCUGGUUCAUCAUCUACAAACAUCACCACAGAACCUCACACAACACAGGCAACGAGGAAACUCACACCGCAGUGUCUUCACAACAGGAAGAGGACAGUAAACUGCAGGAAGUGCACAUCGCUGAGGAAACAUGUGGGCGGAGUCUGUGUAAUGGAUGGGCGGAGCAUAGCCUGCCACUUCCGGCCACAGAACUGGGAGAUUCUGCUCUGGUUACCACUAAAACUGGACCAGCUGUUGAGGUUUGACUAAACAUCAGAUGUGUUUCAGUAUGGAUUUAACUCCUAUCAGACCUUUAUAAUCAUAUUGACACAAAUUCCCAAGUUGAACAAAAUGUAAGUUUGUGGUUUCUGUAUGAAUAUAUGAUCUAUACACCAGUGUGCUUAAAACAUGACCAACAUUUACAUAAACAAUCAAAACCUACAGUGUGGGACUUCAGUCAAAACACAUCAGUGAUUCAUUUCAUCACAUUUGUCAGAUUUCAGGCUUUGUGUCAAUAUUUCACGUCUGAACUUCCUGUUUCAGUAUAAAUCAUUAACGUGUUGAAUAAAUCUGCACAUGUUAAAGCA